CUCCUUCCAGAAGAUCGACAGGAACACAUUUAUAGAUUGUUCUUGGAGUCGAACGAAACUGAAAACCGGUUCGGGUUCGGGUCCUCGGUCUACUUCUUCGUAGUAGACAUGAUGCUAUCGAUUCAGCUCGGUCUGCUCCCAAUUCCAUUUGGACUUGUUGAUGGGAAUUCUCCUCUUCUGUCAUGUCUUUUUGGCAUCUGGAACAUAUUGAAACUGAGAAGAUUUUGUGCAGCCUAUCAUCUUGCGGAAGUUAGACUCAGUCCGCAUCACUCCACGUCCCAGCGGAUUUAG